CUCUCACCUGUCAGGAACGCCGGGAAGAACAAGAGCGGGCUUCCACUGAGUGCCGCUGUUUGUUUGGUUGGUGUUGACGCGAAAUUAUCUGCGGUUUUUUUUUAUCAGAUUGCUUGGUUGUGCGGAUUGUAAUAGACGAUAAAAGCAUCUAUCAACGACUGAAUAAUUUGCCAUAACAGAUCACUAACGAGUAAGCGAUGAACUAUUGGGAUGAUUACCCGGAAGGUGCUUUUGAUGAUCCGGACCUCUUUUUAGACCAGGAGACGGCCAGUCUGAGCGAAAUUUAUGAAAAUUGUAUUUUGCCAUCUGUUCGGCAAAUCUACAACUAUGUAGAGGUUUUAUUAUUUUACAGUUUUCUAUUUCGAGUUUUAUCAAAUGUUGCUAAUCGCGUCCAGCGAUUACAUUUCACGGUUCAUCUAGUUUCCAUCAUUUGUGGCAAUUUAGCAUUACUAGCAGUUUUCGGAAGUUCGGCAUUCUUCUGUAUUCUUUAUAUAUACGCAGCUUACUUUAUCCUCUUCAUUCUAAUCAAUUGUUGGGGAAAUAUAACCCGUGGUAUACUAGGUUAUCUCAUGGCUGUUUCAUGUAUGAUAGUUCUAACACUGUAUGAAAUAUUUGAAUGGAAUCCAGUGGUUUGGCGACAAAUUCGUGGCGUUCAAAUGGUUGCAACCAUGAAAGUUGUUUCGUUAUCCUUUGAUGUAGAUGCGGGAAUAUUGUGGACCACAGAUGGUAACAGUGAUGCUGGUGUCAAAUCAAUAUCCAAGCCUGACAUUCUUUCGUAUUUGGGUUAUAUGUUCUGCCCAGCGAAUUGUGUGUUGGGACCGUGGGUGCGGUAUAGUGAAUAUAUUUCCGUAGCCCGUGGAUCGAAAUUGCUCGAUAUAAAAGUUCUACUGUGGACCGUGGUAAACUUCGUCCUGGUUUUCAUAUUCGCGAUGGCAUCGAACUGCCUAGUGCCGAAUGUAAUUGGAAGCAAUUCGUGGAAAUGGCUGGUGGCAUAUCGUGAUGCGCUGUCGUUUCGCUGCAGUCAUUAUUUCAUCUCGUCCUUAUCACAGUUGACUAUGGCUACAAGUGGAUUUGCACGACCAGAAGAAAGUGUACAUUAUUCUCCACUAGUUGGAUAUCAAGUCGUAAAGCCAUUCUCAAUGGAAAUGCCUAGAUCGCUAAGUCAAGUAGUAACCGAUUGGAAUAUACCAAUCCAUCUUUGGUUGAAGCAAUACAUAUUUCGUGUUAUUCGUCGCAAAAGCAUCACUCUUGCCAUAUUUCUCACAUACUUUGUUUCAUCAAUGCUGCAUGGUUUGAAUUUACAGUUGGCGGCGGUGCUUCUUUCAUUAGGUGUAUUUUCUCUUAUAGAACAUAAUUUACGGGGAACUAUUGCCGAAUAUCUAAGUGCGUGCGUUCGUGCCAAUCCGUGCAAACCUAAUUGUGAUCAUAGACUCAAGCGUUUCUCCCCGAUUUGCCUAAUUGUGAAUAUUUUAUUUAGUGGAUUUACCAUAGUACACUUGGCGUUUUUGGGAUCUACUUUCAAUUCAACAACCGUCGCGGGAAUUGAAGAUGAGAAUUCCGCAGUUUUUGGGGCAUGGAAUAGGUGGAGUGAUUUGAAUUUUGCCAGCUAUUGGAUUUGCUUCGGUUGCCUAUUAUGUGAUAUUCUUCUGAAAGUUUGAAGUGUUCCGGGGGUGAUUAUUGAAAUUCCAUAGGAAUACCUAAAAGCGCACAAGGCUCUGUUCUGACUCUUGUGAAGAAAUUUUAAGAUCGAUUUAUAUGACUGUGAUAUUUGUUUUCUCUCUGUUAAUUUCUUUUUUAUAUACAAAAAUAAAUUACUGUACGCGAUUAGAAUUUGAAAUGCUUCA